CCUUCUCACUGGGUGAGCCUGUGUGUCUGAAUGUGCAUGCAUGCUCCUCUCUCUCUCUCUCUCUCUCUCUCUCUCUCUCUCUGUGUGUGUGUGUGUGUGUGCACUGCUGCUGUCAUCACAGAUGUACCCCCAGCUGUCACUCCACCCUGCUCCGUCUCUUCCUCUCUCUUUCUCUCUUCUCUCUCCUCCCCACUUGGCGCUUUCUCGAUUAUUCAGCUGACUGCCGUCCCUAUUGCACACAGCUAUCUCCCCUUUACUCCACUGCUGCACUUCCGAUGGUUCCAGAGUCUUGGCAUCAUGCAGGGCGAAGGGGGAUGAUGCCGAGCGGCGCUUUACGAGCGCUUGCCUGCCUGCCUGCACAUCACUUGCACAGAAACGUUGGGAUACCCACAACAGGGUUUGGCAACUCUAAAGAGACUCCAUCCCAGCCAGCAGAGAACUAUUCGUCAGACUGCUGUUCAUUCCUGCAAGAAAGUGUGCCAGCCUGGCUGGCAGGCACAAGACACCACAGGGAAAACAGUAACCAUCAUGCUGUCUCUGAGUGGAGGCUACUGGUGGAGCAACAGGCUUUCCCUGAGAUGGAGAAAAACUAGCUUGCUUGCCUGUUGGCUUUCAUUCUGUGCAGCAGAGUCCCUCAUUGCUUGUCCCUCCCUUUGCAAAUGCAACAGCGGUACUCUAGAGGUGGACUGCAGUGGCUUGGGCCUUUCAUCCAUCCCCUUGGACAUUCCUACAAAUACCAGGACCUUCCUUUUCCUCAACAACCAACUCAGCAUUUUGCCAGAACAAACUUUUUCCAAUUUCUCUGCCCUCCAGAGACUGGAUCUUUCCAACAACUUCUUAGACCAACUUCCUGAGAACAUUUUCAGAGAUCUAGUAAACCUCACUGAACUACAGCUGAGGAACAACAGCAUCAGGAGCCUGGAUAAAGAUCUUCUGCAGAACACUGUUCUUCUGCGUCAGCUGGACCUCUCCAUCAAUGGGCUUGCUCAAAUCCCAUCAGGCAUCUUUGAUGACCUGCCCUCUCUCCGUUGGCUUUCCCUUAGGUCAAAUCGCCUGCAGAAUUUGGACAGGGUGACCUUUGAGCCUUUAGUUAGCCUGCGACAGUUGCAAGUGGGGGACAACCCCUGGGAAUGUGACUGCAACCUGAGAGAUUUCAAAUACUGGAUGGAAUGGUUCUCUUACAGAGGAGGAAAGAUAGACCAACUGGCAUGUACACUGCCUAAGGAGCUACGGGGGAAAGAUAUGCGCAUGGUGCCCAUGGAGAUGUUUAACUACUGUUCCCAGCUGGAGGAUGAGAACAGCUCUACUGUACUGGACAAUAUUGGUCCUCCUUGCAGUAAGGGAGCCCCGACUGCUCCCAAGCCUAAAACAACAACUCCUGAAGCAGAAGAGGAUCCCAGUGUGGGUUGCCCCCAGAAACAAAGAUACCGGCCUGUCAGUGUGCGCCGAGCCAUUGGCACAGUCAUCAUAGCUGGGGUGGUUUGUGGCAUCGUGUGUAUUAUGAUGGUAGUGGCAGCAGCAUAUGGCUGUAUCUAUGCAUCUCUCAUGGCUAAGUACCAUCGGGAGCUGAAGAAGAGGCAGCCAUUAAUGGGUGACACAGAAGGUGAACAUGAGGAACAAAAGCAGAUUUCCUCUGUGGCAUGAAUACCUUAUUGGAAAUUAGUGGCAGAGGAGAACAGGAUAUGAGAGGCCUAUGGCUUGGGCCUUUCCACAUCUUCCAAGACAUACAGAUGGACUGUGCUGCUGUUCCAUUCAUCCAAUUAGUAAAACAUGCUUCUGGGUUCAGAACACCUGGCUCUGGGUUCAAGUCCCUCUCACUUGCCUCUGUCCUCAUGUACUUCCAAGUGAAUAAACUGUAGUCAGACCUCAA